AUGGCAUCCGAACUUUCGGCAGCCCCGGUUCUGUCCACCCCGGACGACCAUAUUCUCGAAGUUCCCGCCGCCGACUCCAUCCCAAAAUCCACGCUCUCCGACGAUGCCCUCCGUGUAACAUACGAAGUUGUUCGCACAGCCGACGAGGUUCGUGCUGGGGGAUGGAGGCGCGUCGGUUUACAGUUCCCAGAUUUCAUGCUGGUCGACGCUCCACGUGUUGUGGAAGCUUUGUCGGAAGAGCUUGGCAAGCAUGAUGCGCCAGACGAGGGGAAGGCGGAGAGGAGGAUAUACGUUCUCGCGGACAGUAGCUACAGCGCUUGCUGUGUUGACGAGAUAGCUGCAGAGCAUGUCUCGGCGGAUGUGGUAGUUCACUAUGGUCGAACAUGCCUGAGCCCCACGAGUCAUCUUCCAGCCAUAUACGUCUACACAAGCCACGAUCUAGACUAUGAGGUUACCCUUAGUGAGAUCAAGCGAGAGUUCAGUGAAAAAACUGCCAAACUGGUUAUCCUGGCUGAUUUGACAUACCAAAACCAUGUAGAUAAGGUGGUUUCACUUUUGAGAGAAGAGGGUUACACCAACGUUGUUCCAACAGCCGUGACCCGCGACCCUGCCGCCCUUAUUCCCAACCGCAAGGUUGUUACCGAUGAAGUCCACGGAGACGAGUACUGGAAAGACUACUCGAUCAUUCACAUAUCCGACCCGCCGUCUGCACUUCUUCUCGCUCUUUACACGCGCUUCGCCUCACUACACAUCCUCUCAACGCCAUCUUCAACUCUCGAGAACCCAACUAUGCGAACUGCAGGUCUUCUGCGUCGGCGAUUUGCCAAAGUCCUGUCCCUCGCUUCUGCUGGUGUGAUCGGAAUCCUCGUGAAUACACUAUCUGUUGCGAACUAUCUUAAAUCCAUCAACACUCUCCGCGAAAAGAUCUCUCGAGCAGACAAAAAGAGCUACACCAUCGUUGUGGGCAAGCUCAACCCCGCCAAGCUGGCGAACUUUGCUGAGAUCGAAGGUUGGGUUGUCGUAGGAUGCUGGGAAAGUGGCCUGGUUGAGGAUGACGCGGGAUAUUGGAGACCAGUCAUUACACCUUUUGAGCUCGAGGUCGCACUCAUGAGCGAGGAGGAACGUGUCUGGGGCGGCGAGUGGUGGGGUGGUAUUGAGAAGCUGGGACUGAACGACAAACCUCUGGAUGCAGUCGGCGAGUCCAAAAACGUUGUCGUGGAGGAGGAUGAACAGUUUGACGAUGUUGCUGGGGGCGUUGAAGGCGAAGAAUCCGCACCUCCCGAGUUUGACAUGCGAACGGGUAAGCUCGUCUCGUCAAGUCGUCCAAUGCGACUUCCGGUUCGCAACAAUCCUUCCACAGCGGCCACCGAGGCGAAAGGCAAUAAUCCCUCCGAUUCUCCUCAACAAGAUAGUUCUCUCAUCAAGCGCACUGUUGGUGAGUUGGCAAGCAUCAACGGUGUGGCAAGCCCAGGAGCAGAGUUCCUUCGCUCAGGUCGUACGUGGCAGGGUCUAGGCACGGAUUUCGAUAAUGAGGCUAGCACUCUGGUUGAAGAGGGGAGAAGCGGUGUUGCAAGGGGAUAUCAAGUUGGUGAAUCAGGCCGACAUUAA